UGCUGCUGGAGAAGAAUAUGGGCCGCUGACGAGAGAAGAACCCUGUCGCUAUCUCCAGCUAGCAAAGUGACGUUAAUUGUAUAUUCAGUCGCUUAAUCCUCAAUUGUAUUGUUUUGUUUUCUUCACGUUAGCAUCAAAAAUGAUCCUGACCGUGAAACCGCUUCAAGGAAAAGAGUGUAGUGUACAGGUGACUGAAGAUGAAAAAGUCUCCAGAGUGAAGGAACUUGUGUCAGAACGUCUCAACAUACCAGCAAACCAGCAGCGGCUGCUCUAUAAAGGGAAAGCGCUAGCAGAUGAACACAGACUGAGCGAUUACUCCAUUGGGCCAGAGGCUAAAUUGAAUCUGGUUAUCCGUCCAGUGGGGGAGAGGACUGGAGCAUCGGGGACGGCUGCCAGCAGCAGCAGCAGCAGCACACAGGGAAGAGUGUGGCAGACUGUGUCCACCAUUCUUGCAAGACACUUUAGUCCAGCAGAUGCAGCAAAAGUACAUGAACAGCUUAUUAAGGACUAUGAGCGUUCACUUCGACAACUUAGCCUCGAUGACAUUGAACGCUUGGCAGUAAGACUGCUUCACCCUGACGGCGAGGGCAUGGAUACCUCAUACAUGGACUAAGAAUGCCCAGCUUGAAGUUGCUUAUUGUGAUUGUCUUUUGAGAGGUGAUCUGUGCUUGGAGGUCCAUACAGUGUUUAGAGUGUGAGGCAUGGAAAAUACAUAAUCAGUUUUCUUGCAGAGAGCUCCAGCUGUGUGCCUAAUGGAUGACUGAGUGAACACAGAUAACACUGACUGUUGAUUAUCCCAGCAAUUGGGCUUUCUUAUCCAUGACCAAAGGGCUUGGAUAAGAAAACUUUGCAACUUUGGAUUGGUCAUUGAGGUUGCAAUAAUGACACAAGAACUGAUCAUGUAAUGUUUGAAUACAAAGGAAUCCAUUUAUGCUGCUGGUUUCGCAUGAUCUCUGGCUGCUAUGACUCCCAGGGGACACCAACUUCUACUGGAUGGUAUUUGUUUGUAUUGUCUGUUUUGGAUGAUGACUUGUUGUUUCCAAGAGAAGGUAAUACAUGUUUUAUUCCGUAACAAACUGAUGUUCAUUGUAUGAUUUGUAAAUAACAUGUUUAUAUAUACAGUCAUUAAACCACUGAAAAAAAGUG